GGAACAAAGAGAGAUAGAUGGGAUGGUCUCGCAGGCGGGGACACUGCUGCAGCCACCGACCCGCAUCCCACGAACUCGCCCACUGUCCCCCCCACCCUCUGAGCAUCCCAUCUUCGCCACUCCGCGGGCCAUGGAGAACGAGCUUCCGACGCCAACUACGUCUAGCAGUUCCAGCGUCGCCAGUGGUGCCGGCGGUGCCAGCGGUGCCAGUGGUGCCAGCGGUGCCAGCAGCAGCGGGGGCGGCCGUCCAGCUGGGCCGCAGAUCUCCGUCUAUAGCAGCAUCCCUGACAGGCAGGCGGUCCAGGUGAUCCAGCAGGCCCUGCACCGGCAGCCCAGCACCGCGGCGCAGUACCUGCAGCAGAUGUACGCGGCGCAGCAGCAGCAUCUCAUGCUGCACACCGCAGCCCUGCAGCAGCAGCAGCAGCAGCAGCAGCAGCAGCAGCAGCAGCAGCACCUGAGCAGCGCCCAGCUGCAGAGCCUGGCGGCCGUACAGCAGGCGAGUCUGGUGGCCAACAGACAGGCUGGUCCCUCGGGUAACACCGGCUCCACGCAGUCCCCAGCUCAGCCAUCCUCAAUAAACCUGGCCGCUUCACCCGCCGCAGCCCAGCUCAUCAACCGAGCUCAGAGUGUCGGUUCGGCUGCGGCCGCCGCUUCGGGCAUCGGCCAGCCGGCCGUCCUCCUGGGUAAUGCCGCCUCCUCCCCUGCCCUGACGGCCAGCCAGGCCCAGAUGUAUCUGCGGGCCCAGAUGCUCAUCUUUACGCCCACGGCCACCGUCGCCACCGUGCCGCCUGAGCUCUGCACUGGCUCCCCUGCCCGGCCCCCCACCCCCACCCAGGUCCAGAACGUGGCCCUCCGGACGCAGCAGACGGCAGCGGCGGCGGCCUCCUCGGGCCCUCCGCCCCCCCAGCCCACAAUGCCCAGCCUGACCCUGAAACCCCCUCCCGGCAGCGGCCAGCCUCUACCCACCCCCUCCCCGGGCAGGAGCGCGGCCCCGGGACCCCCGGCCAAGCCAGGCAUAGCUGACAGUGCAGCCGAGCAGCUCAAGAAAGGGGACGGCGGCAGCGGGGGUGUGCCAGGGGCCGCAGAGGGCCGGGGGCUCGCCCGGACGGGUCUCCCUGCGGCCACACACCCCCUCAUCGCACCGGCCUACGCUCAGCUCCUCCCGCAAGCUCCGCCGAAGCCGCUGCAGCCCCAGUUUGUGAUCCAACAACAGCAACAGCAACAACCACCACCAUCGCAGCAACAGCCCCUUCCUCGGUCCCAGUUCCAGCCUCAGCCCCAGCUCAGUCCUCCAGCUAACGCCGCUCCACCCGCCCUUCCGCUCCAGUGCCCGGCCGCCGGUCAGCACAAAUCCAGCGGCAUUCCUCAGGGCCAACCCCUCGCCGCAGAGGCCGGGCCUCCAAACGGGCACCCCGACGGCCCGUCCCCUGGCCCGCCGCGCAGGAUCCAGCAUAGCUCCGCCGUCAUCCUGCAGCUGCAACCCGCCUCGCCUAGGCCCCAGCCGUGUGCCCCGGAUGCCCAGAAGGAGGCUGUGCCCAGGGAGAAGAGCGCGCCUGAGACCCUGACCGCGCCUUCGCCCCUGCGGCCGGCCACCCCGUCUCCCACGCCCGCCAGCCCAUCCCAGGCCCGCAACUCCGACUGCAAGCGGCCCCAGGCUCACGAGCCAGGGCAGGGCGUUGUUCGUGAGCAGCACGACCUCCGCAGCCCCGGCAUGACCUCAGGGAACGGGAGCUCUGCCUCUAGCGUUGCUGGCACCGCCCCCCAGAAUGGUGAGACUAAGCCGCCCCACGCCAUUGUCAGACCCCAAAUCCUGACGCACGUUAUCGAGGGCUUUGUGAUCCAGGAGGGUGCGGAGCCUUUCCCGGUGGGCCGCUCCUCCCUGCUUGUGGGCAAUCUCAGGAAGCAGUAUGCCCAGGGGCUUCCAGCGGAGAAACUCCCCCAGCAGGACAACACUACCACCACUGACUCCGACAUGGAAGAGCCCUAUCUGCAAGACAAGGGGGUCUGUGUGCUUGUUGCAGAAUCCAAAGAGGAGGGGGCUCCCCUGAAGCUCAAGUGUGAGCUAUGUGGCCGGGUAGACUUUGCCUAUAAGUUCAAGCGAUCCAAGCGCUUCUGCUCCAUGGCCUGUGCCAAGAGGUACAAUGUAGGCUGCACCAAACGGGUGGGGCUCUUUCACUCGGACCGGAGCAAGCUGCAGAAGCCGGGGGGCCCGCCCCACAACCGCCGGCGGACCAGCAAGGGGGGCCUGCAGACCCUCACCAAGGAGGCCAAGAAACAGCCCCCCGGGGCCGUGCCCCUCUCGGUGACGGCAGCCCUGCAGCUCACCCACAGCCAGGAGGACUCGAGCCGCUGCUCAGACAACUCCAGCUACGAGGAGCCGCUGUCACCCAUCUCUGCCAGCUCCUCCACCUCCCGCCGCCGCCAGGCCCAGAGGGACCUGGAGCUCCCAGACAUGCACAUGCGGGACCUGGUGGGCGUCGGGCACCACUUCCUGCCCAGCGAGCCCACCAAGUGGAACGUGGAGGACGUGUACGAGUUCAUCCGCUCCCUGCCGGGCUGCCAGGAGAUCGCGGAGGAGUUCCGGGCCCAGGAGAUUGAUGGGCAGGCACUGUUGCUGCUCAAGGAGGACCAUUUGAUGAGCGCCAUGAACAUCAAACUGGGCCCUGCCCUCAAGAUCUACGCCCGCAUCAGCAUGCUGAAGGACUCCUAGGCCUCACCCCUCCCUGUGCUCCCCCCCCCCACGAGUGAGGAGAGAAGAGAGCCAAAGCGGGGGGCCAGAGCAUUGCCAGCAGGCCCCCCAUCCUUUCUCUCUCUCUCCUCUCUCUCUCUCUCUCUCUCUCUCUCUCUUUCUCUCUCUCUCUCUUUUUCUGUUUCUCUCUCUCUCUCACACACACACACCCCUCCCACCCCCGCAAGGGCCUUCCCUUCUGCCAUGGAAGAGAAGGCUGAGGGUGCAGAAGCUGGGUGCUCUGUGGUUGUAAAUAUUUGUAGCCUCAGCUUCUUCCUCCUGCUCCAGGGGCGAUGAUCUCCUUAACGCUCCCGAGCCUGUGUGAGCAGGGCCCUGAAGCCAGGUCAGAUGGUCCCUCACGUGCCCUGCCCUUCCUCCCUUGCCCUCCCCCUCUUCCUCCCUCCCUCCCCAGGCUCGGGAGCUCUUCUUCUUCUGCUACUUCCCUCUCCCUUGGGCCUACUGUCACCAUAGCAACCGGGGUCCCGCCCUCUGUCCCCCAACUUGGUAGAGAGAAAGGAGCUGGGCUGACCCGCCGUGCCCACCAGCAGGGCCGCCUUAAUGCUGUGUGUGUGUGUUUGUGUGUGUGUGAGUGAGUGAGAGAGAGAGAGAGAGAUGCACACACAUACUGCGGGGUGUGCAGGUUACUUGCGGGCCAAGCUGAGCUGUAGGUGAGAAGUGGGCAGGAGCGGCGGCCCCAGCCCGAGGAGGAGGAUAAAUUCGGAUUUUUUUUUUUUUCCCGGGCUUGUCAAACUUCUCUGAGCCCUUGGAAACCAGUACCUCGCACUGUGAAUUGCCUCGUAGGCCGUGCAGUCCCACAGACAGCAUUAAGGAGUCACAACAGGAGCAGGCUUGGAGGAGGGGAAGAAGCGAGGCCCAAGUAAGUCCCCAGUCUCUCCCUCUUUCCGGCACAGUGUGGCCAGAGGCCGUAUCCCAACUGGCUCAGAAAGGGCAGCCCCGGGUAACGCCCUGCUCUGCCCUCUCCUUCCCUUCCCCGUCCUCUCCCAGACUUUUUGCGACAGAUAGUGAAGCUCAGUGAGGCAGUAAGAGGGCUAGCCUUUGCCUUGCCCUGUUGGAGGCUGCUGGGAGGAUGGCCCUCGGGACUAGCAGGCCAAGAUGGGGCUUUCCUCGGGGCUGGGCCUCAAGCGGGGUAGGAAAUGAAGGACUUUUUAAACCUUUUGUGGUUUUUUAAAAUAAAUUGGUAAAAGCUGC